GCAGGAGGAUCUCUUGAGCUGGGAGGUUGAGCCUGGGUGACAGACUGUCUCAAAAAAUUUAAAAAUUAAAAAAAUUAUGCAAGAUGAAGUAACAAUACCUAGAAAAUACAUGUGAAUUGACCAAAAAUUACUAUAGGUAAAAAUAAAUUUAGCAAAGCUGCUUUCCUAAAUACAACCCCAAAUAAACUGGGAACAGCUACAUACUGUAAUGGUUCCAUCUAUGUGACAUUCUAGAAAAGGCAGAACUAUAGGGAGGGAAAACAUCUGUGGUUGCCCAGGAGCUGGGGGUGGGAAGAGGGAAUUUACUACAAAGAGGCACCAAGAAACUUGCGAGCCAAAGCUGUUUGGGUCUCCGUUACGGUGAUGUAUAUACGUUUGUCAGAGUUCACAGAACUGCACACUGAAGAAAGAUGGAUUUUACGGAAUGUGAAUUAUAUCUCAAUAAAUCUGACUUUAAAAAACAGAUCGAAAAAAGAUGAUUCCAUUCCCAAAAAAGGGGGGAAGAUCAUUAUGUAGGUGAGUGUUCAUUUAAAUCAGAGUAAGAGAUUUAUCCGUGAAAAUCACAGUGGAGCGAACAAGGGGGAUGCUGAUACCGACCUCCUGGUUGGAAAGCCUGUAGAGCAACGCGGAUGACUGUGGGACUGCGGGUCAGGCGGUGGGCGCCGGAGCGAGGGGCUGGAGCUGGGUGGGUGGGCGGAGCAAGCCUGCCAGCCUGGGCGGGGCCUCGGCGCUGGAGCUGGCUGCGGGAGCCCGCCGUACCGAGUCGCAGGCCGAGGAGACAUGGCCGCCCCCCACGACACUGAGAUCCGGAAGGACGUGCAGACCUACUACGGGCAGGUGCUGAAGAAAUCGGCAGACCUCCAGACCAACGCCUGUGUCACCACAGCCAGGCCGGUCCCCAAGCACAUCCGGGAAGCCUUGCAAAAUGUACAUGAAGAAGUAGCCCUAAGGUAUUAUGGCUGUGGUCUGGUGAUCCCCGAGCAUCUAGAAAACUGCUGGAUUUUGGAUCUGGGUAGUGGAGGUGGCAGAGAUUGCUACGUACUUAGCCAGCUGGUUGGUGAAAAGGGACAUGUGACUGGAAUAGACAUGACCAAAGGCCAGGUGGAAGUGGCUGAAAAGUAUCUUGACUAUCACAUGGAAAAAUAUGGCUUCCAGGCAUCUAAUGUGACUUUUAUUCAUGGCUACAUUGAGAAAUUGGGAGAGGCUGGAAUCAAGAAUGAGAGCUAUGAUAUUGUUGUAUCGAACUGUGUUAUUAACCUUGUGCCUGAUAAACAACAAGUGCUUCAGGAGGCAUAUCGGGUGCUGAAGCAUGGUGGGGAGUUAUAUUUCAGUGACGUCUAUACGAGCCUUGAACUGCCAGAAGAAAUCAGGACACACAAAGUUUUAUGGGGUGAGUGUCUGGGUGGUGCUUUGUACUGGAAGGAACUUGCCAUCCUUGCUCAAAAAAUUGGGUUCUGCCCUCCACGUUUGGUCACUGCCAAUCUCAUUACAAUUCAAAACAAGGAACUGGAAAGAGUUAUCGGUGACUGUCGUUUUGUUUCUGCAACAUUUCGCCUCUUCAAAUGCUCUAAGACAGGACCAACCAAGAGAUGCCAAGUUAUUUACAAUGGAGGAAUUACAGGACAUGAAAAAGAACUAAUGUUUGAUGCCAAUUUUACAUUUAAGGAAGGUGAAAUUGUUGAAGUGGAUGAAGAAACAGCAGCUAUCUUGAAGAAUUCACGAUUUGCUCAAGAUUUUCUGAUCAGACCAAUUGGAGAGAAGUUGCCAAUAUCUGGAAGCUGUUCUGCUUUAGAGUUAAAGGAUAUAAUCACAGAUCCAUUUAAGCUUGCAGAAGAGUCUGACAGUAUGAAGUCCAGAUGUGUCCCUGAUGCUGCUGGAGGCUGCUGUGGCACAAAGAAAAGCUGCUAAAUCUACAGCCAACCAGGGGAUCACAGUAGUGGGCAAGAGUGAUUUGCAUGUUUUUUAACCUGCUUUUCCACAUAGCACAGACCACAAGAAACAACAAAUGGGGCUGGACAUGGUGGCUCAUGCCUAUAAUCCCAGCACUUUGGGAGGCCGAGACAGGCAGAUCACCUGAGGUCAGGAGUUUGAUACCAGCCUGGCCAACAUGGUAAAAUCCUGUCUCUACUAAAAAUACAAAAAAAUUAGCUGGGCAUGGUGGUGCACAUCUAUAGUCCCAGCUACUAAGGAGGCUGAUGCAGGAGAAUUGCUUGAACCCAGGAAGUGGAGGCUGCAGUGAGUCAACAUUGUGCCACUGUACUCUAGCCUGGGCAACAGAGCAAGACUCUGUCUCAAAAUCAAAAAAAAAGAAAAACAACAACAACAAAUGGCAGAGAGCCACCAUAUUCCAAAUCACUGAAAAAAAUAAAUGAAUUUUUUCACAAGGCAUUGAUUAAAGAUUCACAGCAAAUCAUAUGAAGACUAGUUAAGCAGACUUUUUUCUAUUUCCUAAUUCAAAGUUCUGGUGCCACGUAGUGGUCAGAAAUGGAACAGAGAAGCUGUCUUAAGGCUUGUUUAAGAAGCAGGAAAGGCAUCAGAAGAAAUAACAGUUGGCAGAGGGGCUCAGGAAAAAUAUCUUCCUUCUGAUCUUUUGCAUGGCACUUUUUGGACUUUUCAUCAUGUUUGCUUAUUAAACAAAGCUCCUACUGCCAUCAUACUAAUCAUGCCAAAGAUUGCCAAAUCAUGUUUGGUAAGAGAACUUUUGAGGUAGCUUUUAAGCAAAUGCUUUUAUUUUUCUUUUUCCUUUUUUUGCAAUAGAAUUAAGAAAACAAAUUAAUCAUAAACAUCUUUGAAUCAAGUAUCUCAAGAAAACAAAUGAAUAAUAAAUAUCUCACCCUAAUGACUGAUGA